UUGUGGUACUCAUGCAGGAAAAAAACAAGCAAAUCAUACAUCAACAUUGCUUGACUGAUCAUCCCUCUCUCUCUUCUUUCUCUCUCUUUAAAACCCCUCUUCCUCUCCAGGUAUCUUCUGAUCAAGUGUGUGUUCUGCGCUUUUUUAACGUCUGUACGUUCCAGACGUAUAAGAAGUCGAAGUCCAAGGAGAAGAAGAAGAAAAAAUAUGAGCUCUCGAAACAAAAAGAAAGCAGCACUAUAUCAGAAAUUGGAGCAGCUUCGCUCUGCUUCUCAUUCUACUUCUUUUUUUAAUUUAAAAAAGGUGAAUAAAGCAUCGAUCGUGGUGGAUGCAUCAAGAUACAUCGAAGAGUUAAAGGAGAGGGUGGAGACGCUGAAUCAAGAUGUGGCGACUCUACAAAAUUCCAGCCGACAAGACUCCUUGCCUGCGGUGAAAGUGGAAACCCUAGAAAAAGGAUUCCUAAUAAACGUGCUGUCUGAGAAAAACUGCCCCGGUUUGCUUGUUUCCAUACUCGAAGCUUUUGAGGAGUUGGGCCUUGAUGUACUCGACGCUAGGGUUUCUUGUUCUGAUAAUUUCCGUCUUGAAGCCAUUAGUGAGAAUGAAGGGCAGUCUGAUAGCAUAGAUGCUCAGGUGGUUAAACGAGGGGUAUUGCAAGCGAUCAGGAAUUGGAGUGAUGAACAACAUGAUUAAUUAAGUGAAAUCUUGUUUAAUUAUUCUUAUAUAUUUAUUAAUUGUGCUUAAUUUGAUUGUACCUUGUAUAUUUUGAUGAUGUGAAGAAAAGAAGUUCCCAUAUAUGUUACUAAUAUCAACAAAUUUUACUGCAA